AUGGCCUCCCAUAGAAGGAAAUCCAGAUUUAAAUCUCCUUUAAUUUAUUUUGCAGUGGCAUUCUUUGCUGUUGUUACCGCUGCCAAUUCCAAUGUUGAUUCGAAUAUUGGAUCAAUGAUUCAUUACAAGAUAGCAGUGGCGUACCUGCCCAAAGAUAGAUCUGAAUCAAACUUAUUCAAACGUAAGAGUCAACAUAGAAGUCCUGCUUUAGAUAGUCCAACUGGUGAAGACAAUUUAUUUGUUUCCAAACAAUCCACUGAGGGUUCCAUUGCACUUGGUGUGGCUGAUGGGGUAGGAGGAUGGCUGGAAGCUGGAUAUGACUCGUCGGCUAUAUCAAGAGAAUUAUGUUCAGCGUUAAAAGUUAAUUUUGAAGCUGAUUCUACACUUUCACCCAAGCAAUUACUUGAUUUGGCCUUCAAAGAUGUGAUUCAAUCUCCUAAAGUGGAAAUCGGGGGCACCACUGCUUGUUUAGGAGUAUUAACUUCAGAUAGAACUUUUAAAGUAGCCAAUCUUGGAGAUUCUUGGUGUGGGGUGUUUCGGAACUUUAGUUUGAUUCAUGAAACUGGAUUCCAAGUGCAUAAUUUCAAUACUCCUUAUCAAUUAGCUAAAAUACCUCCACAAAUCGUUAGACAAGCAGAAUUAGAAGGUAGAAGAUAUAUCAUUGAUAAGCCAGAUAUGGCCGAUGAAUUUGAAUGGAAAUUACAGAAAAAUGAUUUGAUCCUUUUUGCUACUGAUGGAGUCACUGAUAACGUUGUACCAAAGGAUAUAGAAUUGUUUUUAAAGGAUCAAUUUGAGAAUGACCCUAGUUGCAAGUUGGAAACCGUUCUGACUAAAUUGGUGGAAGAAGUAGCUAAAGUAUCUAAAGAUACAAACUUCCCCAGUGCCUUUGCGCAAGAAUUAUCAAGAUUAACAGGCCAAAAAUAUCUAGGUGGGAAGGAAGAUGAUAUAACUAUAGUGUUGAUAAAGGUAGACUAA